AUAAUGUACAUGUAUUACCUCAUUGGAUACGAAAUGAUGGAACAGAAUCGUUCCCUAUUCAGUGAAGAAUCCAAUUUUGAGGAGUGCCCGUCCAUCUUUGAUUUGCUCCCGGAAACUGUCAGAAUAUCGGCCGACAACACUUACUUCCUGGCACUUGACGGUGAUGUUGACUUUGAACCGGAAGCUAUCCGACUAUUGGUCGACCGGAUGAAGAAAGAUCCGAAAGUAGGGGCCACAUGUGGACGAAUUAAACCGGGUGGAUCAGGUCCCGUGGUCUGGUACCAGAGAUUUGAGUACGCGAUCGGUCACUGGCUGCAGAAAUCCGCUGAGCAUGUGUUCGGAUGUGUCUUGUGCAGCCCCGGAUGUUUCAGUAUGUUCCGUGCCAAGGCAUUGAUGGACGAUAACGUGAUGAGGACAUACGCUACACUGCCUACAGAGCCGAAGCACUACCUACAGUACGAUCAAGGAGAAGACCGUUGGUUAUGUACAUUGAUGCUACAACAGGGAUACAGAAUAGAGUAUUGCGCGGCCGCGGAGGCGUUGACCUUUGCACCGGAAGAUUUUAAGGAAUUUUUCAACCAGCGGAGAAGAUGGCUGCCCUCUACGAUGGCCAACAUAAUUGACCUGUUAGGAAGCAGCAGCAGGACAACUCGUAACAACAGCAACAUCUCCUAUCUUUAUAUCAUAUACCAGACUGUCCUUCUUGUGUCGUCAAUCCUCGGACCUUCCACGGUCCUCCUCGCCAUGGAGUCAAGUCUUCGGACAGUGUUUCCCAUAACUACCUGGGUGUCAUACCUCAUUAUUUACGGCCCAACCCUUGUCUUUAUCUUCAUCUGUCUUAGGUUUAGUAAAAACACACAGUUAAACACCGCCAUGGUGCUAAGCGCCCUCUAUGCCUUUGCAAUGAUGGCAGUCAUUGUCGGUAUCAUUGUCAGUAUCGCCGGCGAUGGCUGGUAUUCACCUACGGCAAUUUUCCUCUAUAUUCUGAUAGCUUCCUUUAUUUUGGCUGGACUGUUCCAUCCUCACGAGUUCACUGACCUGUUAUUCGGUGUGAUAUACUUCAUAUGUAUACCUGCUGGCUAUCUCUUCUUAAUCAUAUUUGCCAUCUGUAAUCUGAACGAUGUGUCUUGGGGAACAAGGGAAACGCAAAAGGCUGUUCUAGAACAUACUGAUACAUCUAAAAAACCGAAAAUAAAAGAAGCAGAAGAUGAAUUUAGUGAGGCCGCACAAGACGUUUUGGCUGACAUUGUAAAACAGGUGAAGGGCGAGAAGAUUGGAAUCAACUCCUGUAAAGACGCAUUCUUAUCGAUAUUUAGAUGGGCUAACAACCUUGUCAUCCUUAAAUCCUUAUCAACAAUGCAAACGAUAUUCAAAAAUGACCCUGAUGUAAGCGACCCAACAACUCCGAAAGGACAUUCAAUAGGUAAGGGGUUUAGUAUUUACCGGAAGACAGUCCGGCCCCAACAACCUAUCCAAGCACUUGAUGACCUCUCUUGGGCCAAGAAAUUGCCACAAAAGAUUUCUGACCAGGAAUCCUCGUUUUGGUAUUCCCUGAUUGAGACGUAUCUUUAUCCCCUGGAACACGACGAGAAAAAGAAACAGGAAGUGUCAACGAUGUUACAAGAUUUUCGAAAUCGUGUUUCGUUUAGCUUUUUCUUCCUGAACGGUUUGUGGGUAAUUAUCAUGACGGCUAUGAACCAAGUUAAGGACACAGUAAGUGUUACUGUAUACUUGCGCAACAUGUACACUUUUCAGUUUGAACCUCUUGGAUUUGCCUUUCUGUUAAUAUUCGCCAUUUUGUUGCUAAUGCAAUUGAUUGGAAUGGUUGCCCAUAGAUACGAGACAUUACUUCAUGUACUUGCAGCGACUGAUCUGCGAUCCUCGUCCGACGACAUGCUGAAAGUACGAAAGAUGAUACAAGACAUGGCGUCACAUGGGAAACUCUUAGAAGAAGAUGAGGACGAUGCGCGCUCUUCUGUUGGGGGCAUGGAAGUAGAUGCUACAGAAAAUACAGAGGAUCUUGAAGAGAUUUAUGAUGACUUUCAAUCGCUACACGACAAAAGAAUUCAGUCAAAACCAAAGGCUAAACAACGUCUUGACUUGGAAAGAAACUAUAGAAAAACCGUAAGGAAUAUGAAGAGGAGACAGACACAAAGAAAACAAACAAAGUCAAACUGGAAAGGUCUUAGAUCCGAUGAAGACAUAGAACCUUAA